CCCAGUCAGAGUCAACCCUUUCUUCCCUCCAAAGCAGCACCUCUCUCUCUCUUUCUCUUUCUCUCUUUCUCGUUCUCUCUCUCUCACGCACACACGCACGCACGGGCAUUGAGUGCAGCGUUCAUCUUUUUUUGCGGACGCCGCUGCGUCGCACUUCCCAACUUUGACGUCCAUGUUGCGGGUGGAUUUUUGCGCUUGUUUGAUCGUGAGGUGCAACUCUUGCCCGCAGCAUGUUUUACUUCCACUGCCCUCCGCAACUGGAUGCUGAGUGCUGUCGCUCCAACACACUGAAUUCGAGCACUUUUUCCAACCACGCCCCAGCUGACUUCGACGAUGGCUUCCUGCGGAGGAAACAGCGGAGGAACAGGACCACGUUCACGCUGCAACAGCUGGAAGCCUUGGAGGCGGUCUUCGCGCAGACGCACUACCCGGACGUGUUCACACGCGAGGAGCUGGCCAUGAAGAUCAACCUGACCGAGGCCAGGGUCCAGGUUUGGUUUCAGAACCGCAGGGCCAAGUGGAGGAAGACCGAGCGAGGCGGCGGCGACUCGGAAGGAGGAAAAGAGCAGAUGAGCGACGGCGCUCCUCCUCCGGCGCGCGGCAUCAACUCUCAGUCGCCCGUGGAGGCCAGCAGGAAGCAUAAAGAACCGCUGGACAUGCAGCAGAGUAUGAACAGGCCAGUGGGGCCCGGUGGUCCUUUCUUCCCGUCGUGCCUACCAGGGACCCUCCUGAACUCGGCCACGUACGCUCAGGCCCUCUCUCAAGUGGCCACUUUGAAAGGUAACGGUUUGUGUUCCUGCUGCGUUUCGGACCCCAUGGGCUUGUCUUUCCUGCCACCGUACGGUUGCCAGGGCAACCGCACGGCCAGCGUGGCCGCCCUACGCAUGAAAGCCCGCGAGCACUCCGAGGCCGUCCUGCAGUCGGCCAACCUGCUCGGCGCCGCCGCCGCCUCGUCCGGGUCCGGGGUCCUGUCCGGGGGGGGCAUGGUGAGGCCCCCCGCCGGCGCUCCGGCUCAAGCGGAAGUAAGCGGGACAAGAGGCGGGGACACCUCCAGCCCCAACCUGACCUCCAAGUUGCUCGGGGGAGGCCCUGACAAGCACCCUCACUGCUCCAACAAGGACGCCGUAGAGAAGAAGUGAGCUUGUGGACGAACUCUUGAGUGACACUGUUGUGCUCGUUAAGCACAAGGAGAUGUAUUUAUUUCACAAUUUUCAAUUAUUAUUAUUACUGUUUGUGACAAACGGAUGGGGACAUGUUGACCUCACUCAAGCACAUGGCUGGAUCUGUUUUUCUGCACUCACUGAUGGACUAAUGCAGUUAAGUCUUGUCGGAUUCAUGCACUGGAAAAAUUUUGAAUCAGAUUUUAGGCGUCGAAUUGGCUGGAAAUGACACCAAAAAGAAGCAAAAGACUAACAUUUGUUUAAGCCACGAUUCAGUUUUUUUGUUUAAAUUGUUACAAAAAUUUGCAUGAGCAAAAAUGUUGAUUUAUUCAUUUACUGCCCUAUUUGGCUUUUGGUCAAGCAGAAAGGAAGAGCUCUAUAACUUUGGUGCCAGAACAGUUUUAAUGUGUCACAGAAAAAACAAAGGAGAGAGAGUGAAAGGGAACUUAACUAUUAUACGGAAAGAAGACAACAAAAGACAAAGCACUAGCUUUAAAUAAAAUGAUGGAAGUAAAGUACAAUAGUAGUACAACGACACAUUGGAUUAAGAGUGUUGUAUGGGCCGGUUGUGCUGCACCCUGUGAAGGAAGGACAGGACUGCACAGGACGGGACAGGAUGGGAAGCGUGCAGGGCAGGGGUCGUCGACCCGGCCGUAAAACUGAAGGUUGGUCGAAGUCUACAUUUUAAACAUUUGGAGGACCAGAGUUGUGCGUGAGGGGAUAUGUUUUAACCCCGUUUCUUAAUACAUGUACAUCCGGUGUCAUAAUUGUACGACAUAACAUAACAAUGUUUUCAAUCAUGCUCAAAAUUACGGGAAGCAUUUAGUUAGAUGGUGGGAAAGAUUGCUUUUCUCUGAAAUUGUCUUGAUUUGAUUUAUGAUGGGAUUUAAAAAAUAUAUUUAUUUGUUUAUUUAUUUAUUUACUUAUUUAUUUGAGAAAAGACGCAAGCAUUUUUCUGAACCAUCUUGAGCACAAUAUAUUGCGCCAUUUAAAGUAUCCUGGUAACUUCAAGAAUAAUCUAGAGAAAAGAUUCUUAAUUGGUGGUUUGGGACUCAUAUUUGUCUUUAAAAACUAGAAAUAAGUGAAACACAGAAUUUUGUGGAAUUCUGAGGUACAACGUUUAAUAUCUUUUGAUAAUUUUCUCUAUUUUAUGUAAUUGCGUAAUGUUUAAUUAUGUUACAAUAAGAGGACACACGUUGUUUAUUUUGUUGGGUUUGGUUUGAUUUAUUACUCAUUAUUGGAAACAAUUCUCAUCACCUAAAUGUUUAUAAUAAUGUUUUUCUAUGUACUGACAAAGUACAUUUUGGACUUUUUGUUAACAUUUGACACACAAUGUCUGACACUUUGCCACUUUCUAAUGUUAUUUCUGGCUAAAAUAUACCAAGCGAACAGAUACAAUUCUAUAUACUGUAUUUAUGAAUCAUUUGGGGCUUAACUAUGAAGUGAAUAUAAAAAGUGUACAAACUCC